ACAUCGUCUCUUUGACAAAGAAAAAAAUAAGUAGAACAUUUUCAAGUGAAUAAUAAAUUAAAGUGAAUAAUAAAUAAAAAUAUCUGGAAAAAUGACCAACCAAAACGAUAAUAACAACCAAAAUGAUAACAACGAUAAUGGCAACGAUAGUUAUGAUGAUGAGCCAAUUACGGAGCCAGAGCAUAUGCGUAAACUAUUUAUUGGUGGUUUAGAUUAUCGUACCACCGAUGAAGGUUUGAAGUCUCAUUUUGAAAAAUGGGGUCGCAUCGUAGAUGUUGUUGUAAUGAAAGAUCCACGCACCAAACGUUCACGUGGUUUCGGUUUUAUAACUUAUUCCAAAUCAUGUAUGAUUGAUGAUGCCCAAAGUGCGCGUCCCCAUAAAAUCGAUGGCCGUGUUGUAGAGCCCAAACGUGCUGUACCACGUCAAGACAUUGACAACCCAAAUGCUGGUGCCACUGUAAAGAAAUUAUUCGUGGGUGCACUCAAGGAUGAGCAUGAUCAGAAAUGUUUGCGUGAAUACUUUGAGAAAUUUGGCAAUAUUGUUGAAAUCAAUAUUGUCAUAGACAAAGAAACUGGCAAAAAACGUGGCUUUGCCUUCGUUGAAUUCGAUGACUACGAUCCCGUCGACAAGAUUGUGUUGGAAAAAACCCACACCAUUAAAGGAAAAACUUUGGAUGUAAAGAAAGCUUUGCCUAAACACAGCGGUGGUGGUGGCGGCAGCGGAAGCGGCGGUAAUAAUGCCGGUCCCGGAGGAAACCGUGGCGGUAAUAUGGGCCGUGGUGGUAAUAUGGGCGGUCGUGGUAAUAUGGGCGGUAGUAAUAUGGGCGGCGGCGGUGGUUGGGGUGGUAACCGCGGUAAUAAUGAUAAUUGGGGCGGUAACUUCGGCGGUGGCAGCGGCGGUGGUGGCUUUAAUAACGGAGGUGGUUUCAAUAACGGUGGCGGAAGUGGUGGUGGUGGUUGGGGCGGUAAUAAUAUGGGCCCUUGGGAUAAUGGCAACAGCGGUGGCGGUAAUUGGGGUAACAAUGGCGGCGGUAGCUUUGGCGGUCCAGGCAACAGCGGCCCCGGUAACAGCGGUAAUUGGGGUAACAAUGACUUCGGCUCUGGUUAUCAACAAAGUUAUGGUGGUGGCCCACAACGUGGUGGAGGUAGUGGUGGUGGCAGCUUUGGUGCCAGUAAUCGCAUGCAACCUUAUGGCAACAGUGGAAACUUUGGCAAAGGCAAUCAGGGUAAUUUCGGUAACAGUGGUGGAGGUUUCAAUAAUGGACCCAUGGGAGCCACUGGUGGUGGCAACAACAGAAGAUACUAAGGUGGUUAAAGGUUUGUGUGCCAGGUCCAAAAUAAUAUGCAUAUAAAUUAAAAGAUUACAUUCAAACUCAAUUCAAGUCAAAAAAAAAACCAAGCAAAACAGAACAAUUUACAGUUUACCUACCUAUCUACCAAGUUUUUAAACAGAAACAGAGAAAACAGUUACACUGAGAAUAGUCAAACAAAAGAUCGUCCUUCUCAAUUUUCUUCCCUCCAAGUACAAUUUACAUAAAAUAUUUACUAUUCAAAUAUAAAGUAUUACAACCCCCCGAAGAGUCAGUGCAGUGUAUGAAGUGAGUUAAAGAAGAAGAGAGAGGAGAUUGACAGUUUUGUAAAAGUUAUAAAAAAAAUUAAAUAAACAGCAGAUCAGUAAACUUUUAAAGAGAAGAGAGACACAGGCGAUGAUGUUAAAUUAAAAUUGAGGACAAUGAAGAAGCAGUUGAAAGUGUUGUAUCAGAAACACGAAAGGAGAAAUGUGAAGAAGGAGGAGCACAUAUACGUAUGAAAGGAACUGGAGUUAUAAGAUAUUUUUUAAUUUACAGAACAUAAAACCCCCACCCAAAUAAUAAGGUUUUAAAUUUAGAAAUGUUAAAACAAACUGUAGACCAGUUCAAAUUGUAUAAGCAAAAAACAAAAUUAUAGUAUAGUAUUGUAAGUUCUUCUAUUUUGUGCCCAGGUGUGUGUCCUACAAUAAGACAUUUUUUUUUUUUAACAUUAUCACUCAUAAAUGUAUUUUAACAACUAAGAAAGUAAAAAAAGAGUUCUGAAAAAGGCAAUGAAACAAAGAAAUACAUUAAACCUAAAUUAGUUCAUAGUACAGUAGUCAUUAUAUUUAUACAUUUAUUAAAAAAACAAAACAUUUCUAGUAUUUUGUCGUUUCAUAAUGAAUUCAUAAAAAAAGAAAACAGCAAAACCUAUUUGCACGUAUGUAUUUACGUGUGUUCCAAAUAAGAUUUUCUCUAACGUUUCCUGUGUCAGUAGUUUUUAAGAAUCCUAAUUGUGUAUAGAGUUUAAGUUUAGUUUAAAACAAUUAUGUGUGUGGCAAUUAUAUUUUUUAUAUCUCCAUUUUAUUUUUAUUGAUUACAAGGAGAAAAACAGCAGCAGGCUACAGUUUAAAUAUUGUAUGUAGAAAGCUAAAGAUCUAGAAGAUGUAGAAAAAGAAGAAAACUAAAUCUGGAUAAAAUAUUGUAAAUAAUCUGCUGUUGUUAACAAUUUUUGUAACUUUAUAAUUUGUUCUUAUUUUAUGCAACACCAUAACCAAGAUCUUUAUUAUUUCUAAGUUUUCCUAAAAAUUGAUCAUCAUUUUACUUCAAUUGAACAAAAUACUAAAAUAGAAAUAGAUUUUAAAAUUUGUAAGAAAAGAAACAAACAAACAAAUAUAUAUUAUGAUGAUAAACAUAAACAAA